GCAGCAGAUUUUAGCUGUCUCUCCAACACUUCUGUGUUUGCUCUUCUCUUUCUCCCCAGAAACGAAGGAGGAGCUGGAAGAGCUGAUGUCUGACAUAAAGAAGACAGCAAACAAAGUGCGCUCCAAGCUAAAGAGUAUUGAGCAGAGUAUUGAACAAGAGGAAGGACUGAACAGAUCAUCUGCUGACCUGCGGAUAAGGAAAACUCAGCACUCGACACUGUCGCGCAAGUUCGUGGAGGUGAUGUCCGAGUACAACGCCACGCAGACCGACUACCGGGAGCGCUGCAAGGGCAGGAUUCAGAGCCAGCUGGAGAUCACUGGCAGGACCACCACCAGUGAGGAGCUGGAGGACAUGCUGGAGAGCGGCAACCCGGCCAUCUUCUCCUCUGGGAUCAUUAUGGAUUCAAACAUCACCAAGCAGGCACUGAACGAGAUUGAGACACGGCACAGCGAGAUCAUCAAACUGGAGAACAGCAUCCGAGAGCUGCAUGACAUGUUUAUGGACAUGGCCAUGCUGGUGGAGAGCCAGGGUGAGAUGAUUGAUCGCAUCGAGUACAAUGUGGAACACUCGGUGGACUACGUGGAGCGGGCUGUGUCUGACACCAAAAAAGCGGUGAAGUACCAGAGCAAAGCCAGAAGGAAGAAGAUCAUGAUCAUAAUCUGCUGCGUGAUCCUGGGUAUCGUCAUUGCCUCCACCUUCGGCGGCAUUUUCGGCUAG